AGAAAACAGAGAGAGAGCGAAAGGGAGGGAGGCAGGGAGACAGAGGUUGAGGAGACAGACAGAGAGACAAGCAGAGUAAAGACGAGCCUCUCUCUCCCUCUCUUUCUGUGCGUAUUGUUUUACUGAAGUCUGUCCAUCUGCGGAGUCUUUGCGCGGCGGCUGCGGAGAGGUCUCUUUACGCACCGCGUCUCACCACCGGCACACACACACACACACCGACAUGCUGUCUCGGGAGAUCCCGGUGUGAUCCGCUCCGGUGCGCCUCGGGGUGAAGCGCGAAGUGGGCUGGAGAUGAACUCUGAAGGUGCAAGUCGGUGUCAGAGCAUUCGCGAUAAGAGCCGGCGCUUCUCCUCCUCUCCCAUCCGCGUCAGAGGUUUGACCGCGGCCGGCUGACCGGAGGUUACACCUGCGUUUCCCGAUUGGCUGUUCUCCCCCCUGGACCUUCUAGUAAUCGCGGUGGAUGUUGGACGGGACAGUGAGGGUUGCAUGCAUCAGUGCCAAGAAAUUACAUUACGUGGGAGACUUCUGUUAAGGAGACACGGAGACAUUUGUGGAGGAUGGAGGACAGAGCUGAGCAAGGACACACGCAGGAGAAUGGACGCGGUGACGGCGCCGCCAGAAAACCCCGCUCCUCUGCCUGCACCAGCCUGAAGAUGUUUCUGGUGGCUCUGUCCUUUGCCUAUUUUGCAAAGGCUCUGUCGGGGAGCUACAUGAAGAGCACAAUAACUCAGCUGGAGAGACGCUUUGACAUCCCCAGUUACCUAAUAGGUGUCAUUGAUGGGAGCUUCGAGGUAGGUAACCUGCUGGUGAUAGCCUUCGUCAGCUACUUUGGGGCAAAGCUCCAUCGGCCAAAGAUCAUCGCAGUGGGAUGUGUGCUGAUGUCCAUCGGCACCUUCAUCAUCGCUCUGCCUCACUUCAUCAUUGGACGCUAUGAGUUUGAAACCUCGGUGCGGUGGGUAGCGAACUCAACACUUAAUCCGUCUCCAUGUCCGGUGGGUUCAGCAGCUGACCUGACCCGAGAUGGUAAACUGCCGGAAGUGCCAGCCAAGGGUUGUGAAGGUGAGUCCAACCUGUCAAUGUGGAUCUAUGUGCUCCUGGGAAAUGUCCUACGAGGGAUCGGAGAGACGCCGGUUCAGCCUCUGGGGAUCUCUUACAUAGAUGAUUUUGCUACCGAGGAGAAUGCUGCUCUAUAUGUGGGCUGUGUGCAGACCAUUGCGGUGGUUGGACCUGUGUUUGGAUACCUGUUAGGCUCCCUGUGUGCCAAAAUCUAUGUGGACAUUGGAUUUGUAAAAAUGGAAACUAUCACCAUCACCCCUGCAGAUGCCCGCUGGGUGGGGGCCUGGUGGCUUGGCUACCUCAUAGCUGGGGUCAUCACCUUGCUUUCUGCUAUUCCAUUCUGGUUUCUCCCCCGCUCUCUGCCCAUGUCUGGGCCCCAGGGACCAGAGAAGUGCACACCAGAGCAGACGAGCUUCAUCAAAGACUCCCCCCUCACGAAGCACAAGUAUCCAGCAGAUGAACAUACAAGUUUUAUAGAGAUGGCCAAAGACUUUAUUCCAUCCCUGCGCACUCUGCUGGGACACCCGGUGUAUCUGAUCUACCUGUGUGUGACAAUCAUGCAGCUGAACUCGCUCAUCGGCAUGGUCACCUACAAGCCCAAGUUCAUCGAGCAGCACUUCAGGCAGUCUGCCUCAAAGGCCAACUUCCUGAUGGGUGUGAUCAAUAUCCCCGCGGUGGCACUGGGGAUGUUUUCCGGAGGUCUGCUGAUGAAGAGGCUGAAGCUCAAUAUCAUGGGAGCAGCCAGGUUCGCAUUCGGCACGUCUCUGAUUGGCUACUUCCUUUCGUUGUUCUUCUUUGCAAUGAGCUGUGAGAACGCCAAGAUAGCCGGAGUGACGCUUUCGUACGACAGCGUGGACAGGGUAUCUUAUGAUAAACAUCCAGUGUUCACAGCCUGUAACUCAGGCUGCUUGUGUUCAGCGAGCGACUGGGACCCGGUCUGUGGAGAGAACGGCAUCACAUAUGUUUCUCCCUGCCUCGCUGGCUGCUCCACUUCUGCUGGCUCAGGGAGAAACACUGUCUUCUCUAACUGUAGCUGUGUCGGUGUGGCUGGUAACUUUACGGCCACUACAGGUCAGUGCCUUCACAAGGACGACUGCGACAGGAUGUUCCCGUACUUCCUGGGUCUCUCUGUCAUCACUUCCUUCAUCAUCUCCCUUGGUGGGACACCAGGCUACAUGAUUCUCAUCAGGUGCAUAAAACCACAGCUGAAAUCUCUGGCCUUGGGUUUCCACGCUCUGGCAACACGUACCCUCGCAGGGAUCCCAGCGCCCAUCUACUUCGGAGCGAUCAUUGACACCACAUGUCUAAAGUGGGGUCAGAAGAAGUGUGGAGGCAUAGGAGCCUGUAGAAUCUACAACACCACUGCGUACAGGAUUGCGUACCUGGGCCUGACAAUGAGCCUGCGGACCGCCUCGUUCCUCAUCUGCAUCCCGGGCUUCAUUCUGCUCAGUCGCCAGCUGAAGAGGGAGGAGAGAAACGCCGUCCACGGAGCUCUGGCCAACGGCAGCACGGAGCUGGAGGCGCUCAGGAAGGAGGAGCUCACGACUUCUAAUUCUGACCAGUUACAGCAAAUGUCAGAUAACAGCACAGACAGGGAGACACGGCUGUGACCGACCCCGCAGAACUGACUCCUUUGUCCCCUUCACACACACUAAUACACACACACACACAUACCACAGAUGAACAAAUACAACCAACCACACACACACAUAUAUAUAUAUAUAUAUAUAUAUACCUAUCCACAGUGAUACUGUACACACACACACAAACACACUCGCACAUUGAGAUUUGCAGGGAAUUACACCUUUUAACCGAUUAUCUCAUAUAGAGCAAAAUUCUAUAUUUGUACUACUGGAGGCUUUGUGAAUUUGACAGAAAUUUGAUAUAAAUGAAAUAUUUCUUGAAUGUACAUGCUGUUAUUUUUAUUCCUUUGUAAUUACAACUAUAUUUUUCUGUUUCGAUGGCAGCACAAGAGAUUAGAUGAGGAAUGCAGAAACACUGUCAUCCUGAACACCAGCAUUUACAAAGUAGCCUCUUGGAUUUUUGUUUCCUUUCAGAUGAAUGAAGUAAGAAAAGAAGUGGCCUUAAAAACCAGAGGCGUGACUCUACUUUUGAUCAUAAAUUCAUACAUUUCCAUGAGGAACAGUAGGCCUUCGUAGAGACAGGUGGGGAGGAUUUUUUUUUAAAACUUUUUAAAGAGCAGGGUGUUGUAGAAAUAUGUCGGAACAUGUAUUUCAGGAAGUCUCAGAGGGCUCGGCUGUUAUUUUGACGUCUGUGCCUCAUUCACUCGACAGUUUACCUCGAAACCGUGCGCGUCAUCCUUCUUGCUGAUUGUAGAGAGGAGCAAUUUUCCGUCACAUCUGAAUCAUGUUAUUUUACUAACUAAUCUAAGUUUUCAGUUCAAACGUCUCUGCACUCGUUUAGGAAAAGUUUCAGUUCUGAUCCAACUGACUCUAAAACUUUUGUCUUUUACUUUUGAGACUGAAGUCGGGGCUUUUGCAGUUUUGUGCUGUGUGCUUUCGGGAUGUGACUUUGUUCCUUUGGUAUUCAUACUCGCUGAAAAUGGCAAUGGGGACCAGUUUGUCGAACAGAAGCUGCUCUGAUUUCACUACCGACGGCUGCCACAAGGAGGCAGUACCAUAACUAUCUUUAUAUGGUAUUAAUAAGGAUAACAUUUAAGAAUACACAAUCUGCUAAAUGGGUUAAGACAGAUAAUUGGGAUUUGACUGAAUUGUCUCAGAUUAAUCUCUGUGGCUGUGCUGAAUGUCUGCCCUCAUGACGCUGAUAAAUGAUAUAAAUGUUUAUCGACUAAUUCUUUGGGCAAACAACGCUGUGUGUGAAGAAAAGUCUGCGUUUGUGUUGCUGAUUUGUUAAAGCUCUGCUUCUGCGUCUCCAGCCGUUGCUAUAUGUUUCACUGGUCAGUGUUUUUACUUUACAUUGUUUUGGGGGAUUUUUUUGUGCCAAAUUUCACAAACAGAAACAUCAGUUUAUUCUCAGGUGUUAUUUCAACAGCUUCAUCCCCAGAAUCAGAACCCAUCCCAAUGAAAUGACAAAGGAUUUCUGCUGUUUUGCCUCAACAAAAACGAAUUAUUUUGCUUCUGUAAAUGUAUAACAUCCCCACUCUGCAAGAAUGUGUCCAUUUUGUCAAGUUUGUAGUGACUGUAUUGUCUUUUGAAUUCAGGUUCAGUUUUUAGGCACAAGUUUUAGCCACACGUGCAGACUCAGAGGAGCAGUGAGAGCUAUAGAGGAAGACAAGUCAUUAUCUCAGUUGUGUAAGACAUCUACUUGCAUUAAAUCAGAAUGUAAAUAAUUUCAUUUGAUUAUAUUUUGUAAAAUUUCUAAUAAUAUCUUCAAUGUAACACUAAAAACUAUUCAUAUCCAA